AUGUGCGAGCGUGCGCUCAUAGCGUGCGAGCGUAUCAUUGUAGGCGAGCGUGCUCGCGUGCGAUCCCCCCUCAAAGUAAAAAAAGUGCUGCUAAAGCAGAAGCAGAAGGCUGAAGACAGGCCGAAGCUGGGUCUUCUACCACUCUUCCUGAUCGUCGUACCGCUCGUAUGCGUCUACGCGCUAACGUUAACGCCGUUCCAAGCGGGUGCGUGGGCGUCACUGGCGCCCGUCAGCUUCAACUGGGAGCCGUGCGCCCACCCCUUCAUCACCAUCUACUUCGUCAGCCCGUUCCGCAGACGAUUCCGACAGUGCUUCCGGCUGGAUGCAUGCCGCCCACGGCACAUCACCGGCCGCAAUGAGGCUGCUGCUGCUGCUGCAACACACCAUCAGCAGCCGCGGCAUACGGUGCAUAUUCAACUUCCCACCGCCGCCGCGGGCAAUUCCCACUACCCGACCAUCGCCUAUCAAGAGCACCGUCAACUGCCCGGGCACUACCCUAUCGAGCCAUUGACCACCGCACCGCCAAUCAAACGUCAAAUAAGUUGCACACAAUUCGUAAACGUUGCACCAUCAGGGCUGAAAACACGUUCCGUCGAUGCGUCGGCAUCCAACGCUAUACAGCCGUCGUUGCGCAACGCCGCUUUAACCAAUACUACUAUGUGGUGUUGA